ACAUUCAUUCAGUCGGAUAUCGUCUCGUCCCAGCGACGAUUAUUAUUUAUUUAUUAUCGCUAAGAUUCACACAGGGUUCACGUUGUUGUUGGGUUUUUUCGGUGUACUAGUCCAAAAUCCCGCGGCUUGCAUUUGUCCAACGUUCAAUCAUUCGCGGAACCGUCUUCUGGUCAGUUGUUAGCGGUGGGCAAUUAGCGCGCAGGUAAAAAUCACAGCUCGUCAUCGCUGCGAGACUAUAAAACAGAGCCGCGCGUGUUUGUUCGGUCACUUUGUGAAUUAACCGCGAGGGCCGAGUGCUAAUCGAGCGUGAAACGUUUACAAACAACUUGAACAAUUGAAUUUUGUACAUAUAAUUACGAUUUUUGACCUGACAACUUCAAUAUGAAGUGUUUUAUUGCAAUUGUGGUUGUUUUGGGAGUAAUUUUAAUUACUUGUGAUCCAACCAGAGCAAACCCUUUAAGCAGAGUCCGAAGACAAGGAUGGGCAUGGGGUGAAGACUCAAAUGAUUCCUCAGCUGAACCAACGCGUCGACCACGUCCAACACCACGACCCACCGAAUUCCAACCAACUAGAACCACCCAGGCAAACCAAAAUCCAGAUCCUAAUGCGUCUACCACUACAGCUACACCUGCAACACUAAGAUCUUGCAUUAAUGCCUGUCCGACAACACAGCAAUACAAUCCAGUUUGCGGAACAAACCGUGUGACAUAUGACAACUUAAACAAGUUAAACUGUGCUAAAAGCUGCGGAGUUGCUGUGGAUAUGAUGUUUAACGGGACCUUUUUAGUGUUAUUUUCCGAUCUGGCGACCUCAUCUCCACGCCUAAUUCGUGUUCAUCGUGCAAAACGUCAGAAUACAGUUUUGAAUUGGGAUAACGACGCAAUUCUGUUCAAUAAUGCUGACAUGGAUGACGACUCUCAAUGGUGGCGAACCACACCGAGGGCAGUUGUAAGAGCAUCCAGACCAACAAGGCCACAACGGUCCAGGUUAGGGAUGACGACUGCGAGCACGGUGGCGGUUCCGGGAAUGGGCACUACUCGCACCGCCUGCGAGGACAACUGCCUCUCAACGCAGGAGUACAAUCCUGUAUGCGGUACGAAUGGCGUGACUUAUCACAAUCAUGCUCGGUUAAACUGUGCGAGUAGAUGUACUACUGGUAAAUUAUAA